AUGGCCGAAACAAUCUCCAGGAAAAAGUCCUUUGGCUUCUUGAAUACCUUCAGAUCAAACAAGUCAACGAGUGCCGAUUCAAGAGCCACCUCUGUCUCCGAAUGGAGUCUUGAAGAGCCUCAGCCCGAACGUAAGGCUUCGAGGCCACGCAACAAGCUACGGAAAAAGUCGAUGGUGAAUCUCCGCGCCACUACAUCGUCUAGUACACAACUCCGGAAGCAGGCCCCAGGCCUUCCACAACACUCUUCCUUCCCUGCCAUUAGUGUUGCCGAUGAAUGGGACCGAGAUGCUCAGACCGGCGAACGAAAAGAUCAUACUGAGAUGUUGCACAGUCUGACCUACCGUGGAUCUGCGGAAUCGCUUAUCGAGAAGACUCAAUUGCUCUUUGCUCGAAUUCCUGCCCAAUCUGCCUCGGGGUUCUUGUCCAGAUUUCCCCCGGCCAUCUGGGCACGUGUCGUGGACUUUCUGGGUCCUGCAGAUGCGGCCAGCCUCGCGUUUUCGUGCAAACCUUUCCGAGAUGUGGUUGGAACUGAAGUCUGGCGCUAUUUGAAUGCACAAGAGAACCGUGGUCUGAAAAUCGACUUUCUCGGUCGGCUUGACCAAGACUUGCCAGAUCAUCUACUGUGCUUCCCAUGCGCGAUCUACCAUCUGAGAACACAGAAGGGCCAAGAAAUCUUGCGACCGACCAAUAUUGCCAAUCCGCUUUUCCAUUGUCCCAACGCCUCCAAUCUCGAAAAGAAGGUCGCUCGAACCCGGCUUACCGUGGGUCGGUCUUUGCCCUUUCCGUUUGUGCAACUCAUUCUCAGGGCCCAAAAGUAUUCACCGGCUCAUGGCAUCCCAAUCGACUCCAUGUCCCGUCGAUACAAGGACCGAGAUAGCGACUGGUGGCAUCAAACCCGCUAUGCAGUGGCCAACGGACAUCUGCUGGUUCGGGUGAUCAGCUCGGCGUUUGCAGAACCUGCCCUCCCACCCGCAGGGCUCCGCAAGCUACUUUAUUCUCCCAAUGAGAAAUUCACUCCAUACUUUUCCGUCUGUGCGCACUGGAUGGAUGGCGAACUGAUGCCUUCGGUGAAAUGCGCCUUGAGCCAUAUACCUAAACCGUUGGAGGGUGGUGGCAUCGCUGGCGUGGCAGCGGAAAUCAAGUACCGGAUGAACAAACCUAGUCCCCUCAUUACUCUGUGUUCCUACUGCCGGCCGAUGCGGCGAUGUCCAGAAUGUCCUUCGGAGUAUCUGAUUGAGUUGAGGAUGCAAGAAGAUCGAUCCAACCCGGCCAAGUUAUUCAAACAUGCUAUUGUGGUCACUCGGUGGUGCGAUCUGGGAGAUGGCUCGUCUCCCCAGAGCCCCGAAUGGGCGGCCUGCAACGGAGAAGCGAAAUUUGAUUCCGUUGGCGCCCUGGGCAAACGUGCCAUCUCUGGAAUAUUCGAGUCCCAAUUCACUGUCGACCAGGUGCCAGGACAACAUAUCGUCUCUAUGAAUCCCAAGGGCGAAAAUCUUGGAGAAGCAGGCCAUAAAUGGUAUUGA